UUCUCUUCUUGAACUCGUGACUUUAAACAUUUGAUAUGUUGUAAUGCAUUACCAUUGUUGUUCCUAUUGAUGCUUGAUUAUCCCAUUUGGGGCCAAAUGUCCUAAAUUUGUGGCUUUUACUCACAGGGAAGCUGUUGGAGGAUUUUGAACAGAAGAGUGACAUAUUCUGAAAGAGAUCACUCUGGAGUUUAUGUGGUCACCAAGGUGUAGAGGGUACCAGGGAGGAAGUAGACCAGUUAGGAAUAAUCUAGCCAAGAUGCAAUGUAUUUUGGGUCAAUGUAUUUUGACAUUAGGUGGAAAUAAUGGUGGCAUUCUGGAUAUUUUACAUUGAAAGGAGGCUUAUUUUGGAGUUUUGGAGGGCAGGAUGGUGAGUUUUCUUUUGGGUAUGUUAAAUUAGGGGUAGUAAAAGGAAACUGAAGUGAAAAUGUAUUGUAGUCCAUUGGCUAUAUGGAACUGAAGUUUAUUUCAGAAGAUCUGUGUGUAGAAGGCUAAUGAAUAAUAUUCUAAUGUGUUUCCUGAGAUUAAGGUCUACCUUAAAAGUUAAAGAAUUUGGGGAUUUCACUUUAUUUUUUGUUAUAGGUUGGUAACUGAUUUUUUUCUUUUCUUUAUCAUAACCUGGCUGUGACACCCAUGCUUUCGAACUUUCCCCGACCAACUCUCCUAAGGAAAGUUGAGGCCUCUUUUUUGUGUUCUAUUAUAUCUUGUUUGUUUGUUUGAGAUGGAGUCUUGCUGUGUUGCCCAGGCUGGUCUCAAAACUGCUGGACUCAAGCAGUCUUCCCGCCUCAACCUUCUGAGUAGCUGGGAUCCAUUAUAUCUUUUUAGUAUUUCCUUUUGUGAUGCUUUUUCUACUAAAUUACAAUUACUUUUCACAUCUCUAUCUGCCUCUCUAUGGAGUCAGUGACUAUAUUUCAAGUAUGGAUUUGUUACCUCCAAAGGGUAGGAGGACUGGUUGGUUCUGUGAGCUCACACUGAGAGAGAAGCUGGUACCUAGUUAACAUUAACAAAUGCCCCAGAGCAAGUUGAUAGUUAAGGAUGUAGAAAAGAGUUCUGAGAGUAUCCUAUAAACCUCCACUGGCCCAUAUGCACCUUUGUGGAGUUAGAAACAGGUAGCCCUCCAGAAGGGCACAGAGCUGAGAGAGACUUCGGGAAAAUGAGAAAAAUUGGAGUGGAAGAAGCCCAGAGCCAGGUGCAGGCAUAAAACCAUGGAAAGCAGACUAGAUGUUGGUUCCCACUUCCAUCCUUGCCCAGGGCACAACCUGAACAGCUACCUGUGGCAUCCCUGCCUAGACAGGCCUCUGGGAUAAGAGUAAAUUUACAGACCAGGAUCUAAUCCUAGUAUAGCUACCAACUGUGUGCCCUCAGUUUCUUCAUCUGUAAAAAGACGGAGUUUGACUUCAUAGCCUUUGAAAUAUAACUGCUUGAAUAUACUUGCUAUUUUACCGCAGUUUGGCUCUGUCUCUCUCUCUGUCUUUGUGUGUGUGUGUAUGUGUGAGAGAGAAAGAGAGAGAAAGAGAAAGAGAUGCCUUGUAGUACUUGAAAAUUAGAAUUCUUGAUACAAUAAAGCUCUAAUUUGUUCUAGUGUUUCUUCUCAACAAACCACGGGUUGCCAAGUUUUAAAACAUUUUAAAAUGCAUUAGAGGAAGUGAGUCAGUUACGUUCUUCAUACACUACAAUGGAAGUACACUUAGUUCCAAGUUAUGAAUGCUGUGAAAAAUUAGGUUCUUUGAAUAAAUACAAGAUGAAACUUUCAGGCUUUCAAAAUUCAUGUUCUUUCUGUCCCUCAUUCAUAUUAGAUUGCUUUUGUAAAGUAUACAGCACUGCGAUCUUAAAAAUGAGCGUCUCAAAAAUAAAAAUCCAAGUGCCUAUCUCUUGCAUUUCCAGUUGGUAGUUUCCUAUCAUCGGGUUUGCCUGUUCACACAAGUCUUUGCCGCACAACGGAGUCUGACUUCCCCCAAAUUAAUGCAGUUAGUUUAUUCCUCGUUCUGAUGAUUGCCAUAUAUAGAGAAAGAUCUAAUUAUUUUUAUGUGGCACUAUUCCUCAUUUCUUUCUUGGGGACUAUGAGUGAUUUAGUUAACUCCACCAAGGGAAGUGUAAGACGAGCCUCCUCAGGGUGGCUGAAUUCUAUUCGAGAGCAUCACAGGGAGGUGGGGAAUAGUUGACGUGUGCUGAGAUAAACUCUUUUACAAGUAUGACACUGUUGCUUUAUUUUUUUGUCCCAGUCUGCAGGGUGAAAAGGACUUUUCAUUUCACUGAGGUGAAAAGUGGGUUUGUGAGUAGAGCGACUUUCUUUAAAAAAGAAAAAAAAAAUCAGAAACCAAUUACUUGAUAUGCAGAGCUGCAAGCCUCGUUCCUUUAACAAAAUCAGUGCAGUGUGCACUGCUGUUAACCUGAGGAAAGCAGCUGACAUCUCUUGAUUACGGCUAGAGGUGGAAGGACCCAAACUUGCAGACUCCCCCUCCCCCUCGAGAGAGUGUUAGUCCAGUCCUUUAGAGAGGUUCGGUUUGGCUCUCUGUCACCACCGGGACGCUGGCAGGGAGAGUGUGUCAUGGUUACAAUAGAGUGUGCUAACAUAUAACAACCAUGAAAGCCCAGCGGGAAAGGCUGCAGAUUCCGGGGCUGACCUUGGAUCUCACUCCCAGGAGCCUGAGUCCAACCCCAUCCAGCCCAGGCAGUCCUUGUAGUCCUCUCUUGGCCUUUCACUUUUGGAGUUGCCGAACAAGCAACCGGAAAAGCUUAAUAGGCAAUGGGCAAUCAACAGCAUUGCCUCGACCACACUCACCUCUCUCUGCUCAUGCAGGAAAUAGCCCUCAAGAUAGUCCAAGAAAUUUCUCCCCCAGUGCCUCAGCCCAUUUUUCAUUUGCACGGAGGACUGAUGGACGCCGCUGGUCGUUGGCUUCUCUCCCUUCCUCUGGCUAUGGGACAAACACACCCAGCUCUACGGUCUCUUCAUCCUGUUCCUCCCAGGAGAAGUUGCAUCAGUUACCAUACCAACCAACACCAGACGAGUUACACUUCUUAUCGAAACAUUUCUGUACCACCGAAAGCAUCGCCACUGAGAACAGAUGCAGGAACACGCCGAUGCGCCCCCGUUCCCGAAGUCUGAGCCCUGGACGUUCUCCCGCCUGCUGUGACCAUGAAAUAAUUAUGAUGAACCAUGUCUACAAAGAAAGGUUCCCAAAGGCUACAGCUCAGAUGGAAGAACGUCUAAAGGAAAUUAUCACCAGCUACUCUCCUGACAACGUUCUACCCCUAGCAGAUGGAGUGCUUAGUUUCACUCACCACCAGAUAAUUGAACUGGCUCGAGAUUGCUUGGAUAAAUCCCACCAGGGCCUCAUCACCUCACGAUACUUCCUUGAAUUACAGCACAAAUUAGAUAAGUUGCUACAGGAGGCUCAUGAUCGUUCAGAAAGUGGAGAAUUGGCAUUUAUUAAACAACUAGUUCGAAAGAUCCUAAUUGUUAUUGCCCGCCCUGCUCGGUUAUUAGAGUGCCUGGAAUUUGAUCCAGAAGAAUUUUACUACCUAUUGGAAGCAGCAGAAGGCCAUGCCAAAGAAGGGCAGGGUAUUAAAACCGACAUUCCCAGGUACAUCAUUAGCCAACUGGGACUCAAUAAGGAUCCCUUGGAAGAAAUGGCUCAGUUGGGAAACUACGAUAGUGGGACAGCAGAAACACCAGAAACAGAUGAAUCAGUGAGUAGCUCUAAUGCCUCCCUGAAACUUCAAAGGAAACCUCGGGAAAGUGAUUUUGAAACGAUUAAAUUGAUUAGCAAUGGAGCCUAUGGGGCAGUCUACUUUGUUCGGCAUAAAGAAUCCCGGCAGAGGUUUGCCAUGAAGAAGAUUAAUAAACAGAACCUCAUCCUUAGAAACCAGAUCCAGCAGGCCUUUGUGGAGCGGGAUAUCCUGACUUUUGCAGAAAACCCCUUUGUUGUCAGCAUGUAUUGCUCCUUUGAAACAAGGCGCCACUUGUGCAUGGUCAUGGAAUAUGUGGAAGGGGGAGACUGUGCUACUUUAAUGAAAAACAUGGGUCCUCUCCCUGUUGAUAUGGCCAGAAUGUACUUUGCUGAGACAGUCUUGGCCUUGGAAUAUUUACAUAAUUAUGGAAUUGUACACAGGGAUUUGAAACCAGACAACUUGUUGGUUACCUCCAUGGGGCACAUAAAACUGACAGAUUUUGGAUUAUCUAAGGUGGGACUAAUGAGUAUGACUACCAACCUUUACGAGGGUCAUAUUGAGAAGGAUGCUCGAGAGUUCCUGGAUAAACAGGUCUGUGGCACACCUGAAUACAUUGCACCAGAAGUGAUUCUGAGGCAGGGUUAUGGAAAGCCGGUGGACUGGUGGGCCAUGGGGAUUAUCCUCUAUGAAUUUCUGGUUGGAUGUGUGCCAUUCUUUGGGGAUACUCCAGAAGAGCUAUUUGGACAAGUCAUCAGUGAUGAGAUCAACUGGCCUGAGAAGGAUGAGGCACCCCCACCUGAUGCCCAGGAUCUGAUUACCUUACUCCUCAGGCAGAAUCCCUUGGAGAGGCUGGGAACAGGUGGUGCAUAUGAAGUCAAACAGCAUCGAUUCUUCCGUUCUUUAGACUGGAACAGUUUGCUGAGACAGAAGGCAGAAUUUAUUCCCCAACUGGAAUCUGAAGAUGACACUAGUUAUUUUGAUACUCGAUCUGAGAAGUAUCAUCAUAUGGAAACGGAGGAAGAAGAUGACACAAAUGAUGAAGACUUUAAUGUGGAAAUAAGGCAGUUUUCUUCAUGUUCACACAGGUUUUCAAAAGUUUUCAGCAGUAUAGAUCGAAUCACUCAGAAUUCAACAGAAGAGAAGGAAGACUCUGGGGACAAAACCAAAAGCACAACCUUGCCAUCCACAGAAACACUGAGCUGGAGUUCAGAAUAUUCUGAAAUGCAACAGCUAUCAACAUCCAACUCUUCAGAUACUGAAAGCAACAGACAUAAACUCAGUUCUGGCCUACUUCCCAAACUGGCUAUUUCAACAGAGGGAGAGCAAGAUGAAGCUGCCUCCUGCCCUGGAGACCCCCAUGAGGAGCCAGGAAAGCCAGCCCUUCCUCCUGAAGAGUGUGCCCAAGAGGAGCCUGAGGUCACCACCCCAGCCAGCACCAUCAGCAGCUCCACCCUGUCAGAUAUGUUUGCUGUUUCCCCUCUGGGAAGUCCAAUGUCUCCCCAUUCCCUGUCCUCGGACCCUUCUUCUUCACGAGAUUCCUCUCCCAGCCGAGAUUCCUCAGCAGCUUCUGCCAGUCCACAUCAGCCGAUUGUGAUCCACAGUUCGGGGAAGAACUACGGCUUUACCAUCCGAGCCAUCCGGGUGUAUGUGGGAGACAGUGACAUCUAUACAGUACACCAUAUCGUCUGGAAUGUAGAAGAAGGAAGUCCGGCAUGCCAGGCAGGACUGAAGGCUGGAGAUCUUAUCACACACAUCAAUGGAGAACCAGUGCAUGGACUUGUCCACACAGAAGUUAUAGAACUCCUACUGAAGAGUGGGAAUAAGGUGUCAAUCACUACUACCCCAUUUGAAAACACAUCAAUCAAAACUGGACCAGCCAGGAGAAACAGCUAUAAGAGCCGGAUGGUGAGGCGGAGCAAGAAAUCCAAGAAGAAAGAAAGUCUCGAAAGGAGGAGAUCUCUUUUCAAAAAGCUAGCCAAGCAGCCUUCUCCUUUACUCCACACCAGCCGAAGUUUCUCCUGCUUGAACAGAUCCCUGUCAUCGGGUGAGAGCCUCCCAGGUUCCCCCACUCAUAGCUUGUCUCCCCGGUCUCCAACACCAAGCUACCGCUCCACCCCUGACUUCCCAUCUGGUACUAAUUCCUCCCAGAGCAGCUCCCCUAGUUCUAGUGCCCCCAAUUCCCCAGCAGGGUCCGGGCACAUCCGGCCCAGCACUCUCCACGGUCUUGCACCCAAACUCGGUGGGCAGCGGUACCGGUCCGGAAGGCGAAAGUCCGCCGGCAACAUCCCACUGUCCCCGCUUGCCCGGACGCCCUCUCCAACCCCGCAACCCACCUCCCCGCAGCGGUCACCAUCUCCUCUUCUGGGACACUCACUGGGCAAUUCCAAGAUCGCGCAAGCCUUUCCCAGCAAGAUGCACUCCCCGCCCACCAUCGUCAGACACAUCGUGAGGCCCAAGAGUGCGGAGCCCCCCAGGUCCCCGCUGCUCAAGCGCGUGCAGUCCGAGGAGAAGCUGUCGCCCUCUUACGGCAGUGACAAGAAGCACCUGUGCUCCCGCAAGCACAGCCUGGAGGUGACCCAAGAGGAGGUGCAGCGGGAGCAGUCCCAGCGGGAGGCGCCGCUGCAGAGCUUGGACGAGAACAUGUGCGACGUGCCGCCGCUCAGCCGCGCCCGGCCCGUGGAGCAAGGCUGCCUGAAACGCCCGGUCUCCCGGAAGCUGGGCCGCCAGGAGUCUGUGGACGACCUGGACCGCGACAAGCUGAAGGCCAAGGUGGUGGUGAAGAAGCCAGACGGCUUCCCAGAGAAACAGGAAUCCCACCAGAAAUCCCAUGGACCCGGGAGUGAUUUGGAAAACUUCUCUCUGUUUAAGCUGGAAGAGAGAGAGAAGAAAAUCUAUCCGAAGGCUGUGGAAAGGUCAAGUCCUUUUGAAAACAAAGUGUCUAUGCAGGAGGCGCCACUGCUGGGCAGCCUGCUGAAGGACGCUCUUCACAAGCAGGCCAGCGUGCGCGCCAGCGAGGGUGCGACAUCGGAUGGCCCGGUGCCUGCGGAGCACGGCCAGGGUGGUGGGGACUUCAGACGGGCCCCCGCUCCUGGCACCCUCCAGGAUGGUCUCUGCCACUCCCUCGACAGGGGCAUCUCUGGGAAGGGGGAAGGCACGGAGAAGGCCUCCCAGGCCAAGGAGCUUCUCCGAUGUGAGAAGUUAGACAGCAAGCUGGCCAACAUCGAUUACCUCCGAAAGAAAAUGUCACUUGAGGACAAAGAGGACAACCUCUGCCCUGUGCUGAAGCCCAAGAUGACAGCUAGUGCCCACGAAUGCCUGCCAGGGAACCCAGUCCGACCCAUGGGUGGGCAGCAGGAGCCCCCGCCAGCUUCUGAGAGCCGAGCUUUUGUCAGCAGCACUCAUGCAGCUCAGAUGAGCGCCGUCUCUUUUGUUCCCCUCAAGGCCUUAACAGGCCGGGUGGACAGUGGAACGGAGAAGCCUGGCUUGGUUGCUCCUGAGUCCCCUGUUAGGAAGAGCCCCUCCGAGUAUAAGCUGGAAGGUAGGUCUGUCUCAUGCCUGAAGCCGAUUGAGGGCACUCUGGACAUUGCUCUCCUGUCCGGACCUCAGGCCUCCAAGACAGAACUGCCUUCCCCGGAGUCUGCACAGAGCCCCAGCCCAGGUGGUGAUGUGAGGCCCUCUGUGCCACCAGCUCUCCCCAGCAGCAGUGGGAAAAAGAGUGAUACCACCAGUGCAAGAGAGCUUUCUCCUUCCAGCUUAAAGAUGAAUAAAUCCUACCUGUUGGAGCCUCGGUUCCUGCCCCCCAGCCGGGGUCUCCAGAAUUCACCAGCAGUUUCCCUGCCUGACCCGGAGUUAAAGAGGGACAGGAAAGGUCCCCAUCCUAUUGCCAGGAGCCCCGCAACAGUCAUGGAAAGCAAUCCCCAACAGAGAGAAGGCAGCUCCCCUAAACACCAAGACCACACCACCGACCCCAAGCUUCUGACCUGCCUGGGGCAGAACCUCCACAGCGCUGACCUGGCCAGGCCACGCUGCCCGCUCCCACCUGAAGCUUCCCCGUCAAGGGAGAGGCCAGGCCUGAGGGAAUCGUCUGAAAGAGGCCCUCCCACAGCCAGAAGCGAGCGCUCUGCUGUGAGGGCUGACACAGGCAGAGAGCCCUCCAUGGAACUGUGCUUUCCAGAAACUGCGAAAACCAGUGACAACUGCAAAAAUCUCCUCUCUCUGGGAAGGACCCACCCAGAUUUCUAUACACAGACCCAGGCCAUGGAGAAAGCAUGGGCGCCGGGUGGGAAAACGAACCACAAAGAUGGCCCAGAUGAGGCGAGGUCCCCGCCCAGAGACGACAACUCUCUGCACUCAGCUGGAAUUCCCUGUGAGAAGGAGCUGGGCAAGGUGAGGCGUGGCGUGGAACCCAAGCCCGAAGCCUUUCUUGCCAGGCGGUCUCUGCAGCCACCUGGAAUUGAGAGAGAGAAGAGUGAAAAGCUGCCCAGUUUCCCAUCUUUGCAGAAAGAUGGUGCCGAGGAACCUGAAAAGAAGGAGCAGCCUCUACAAAGGCAUCCCAGCAGCAUCCCUCCGCCCCCUCUCACGGCCAAAGACCUGUCCAGCCCGGCUGCCAGGCAGCAUUGCAGUUCCCCAAGCCACGCUUCUGGCAGAGAGCCGGGGGCCAAGCCCAGCACUGCAGAGCCCAGCCCGAGCCCCCAGGACCCUCCCAAGCCUGUUGCUGCGCACAGUGAAAGUAGCAGCCACAAGCCCCGGCCUGGCCCUGACCCGGGCCCUCCAAAGACUAAGCACCCCGACCGGUCCCUCUCCUCUCAGAAACCAAGUGUCGGGGCCACAAAGGGCAAAGAGCCUGCCACUCAGUCCCUCGGGGGCUCUAGCAGAGAGGGGAAAGGCCACAGUAAGAGUGGGCCGGAUGUGUUUCCUGCUACCCUAGGCUCCCAGAACAAAGCCAGCGCUGGGAUUGGCCAGGGAGAAAGUGGGCCCUCUGUCCCACUGCACACUGACAAGGGUCCUCUAGACGCCAAGCCACAACCCACCAGUGGUGGGCGGCCCCUGCAGGUGCUGGAGAAGCCUGUGCAUUUGCCAAGGCCGGGACACCCAGGGCCUAGUGAGCCAGCGGACCAGAAACUGUCCGCUGUUGGUGAAAAGCAAACCCUGUCUCCAAAGCACCCCAAACCAUCCACUGUGAAAGACUGCCCCACCCUGUGCAAACAGACAGACAAAAGCCCGAGUCAGCCGGCCGCCAACACCGACAGAAGGGCGGAAGGGAAGAAAUGCACUGAAGCACUUUAUGCUCCAGCAGAGGGCGACAAGCUCGAGGCUGGCCUUUCUUUUGCGCAUAGCGAGGCCCGGUUGAAAGGCGUGGAGCGGCCAGCCGCGGGGGUGGGGAAGGGCUUCCCUGAGGCCAGAGGGAAAGGGCCCGGUCCCCAGAAGCCACCGGCGGAGGCAGACAAGCCCAAUGGCAUGAAACGGUCCCCUUCAGCCACUGGGCAGAGUUCUUUCCGAUCCACGGCCCUCCCGGAAAAGUCUCUGAGCUGCUCCUCCAGCUUCCCUGAAACCAGGGCCGGAGUUAGAGAGGCCUCUGCAGCCAGCAGCGGCACCUCUUCUGCCAAGGCCGCCAGCGGCGUGCUGGAGCUUCUAGCCCCCAGCAACAGGGACCAUAGGAAGGCUCAGCCGGCCGGGGAGGGCCGAACCCACAUGACAAAGAGUGACUCCCUGCCCUCCUUCAGGGUCUCCACCCUGCCUCUGGAGUCACACCACCCCGACCCAAACACCAUGGGCGGAGCCAGCCACCGGGACAGGGCUCUCUUGGUGACUGCCACCGUAGGGGAAACCAAAGGGAAGGACCCUGCCCCAGCCCAGCCUCCCCCAGCUAGGAAACAGAAUGUGGGCAGAGACGUGACCAAGCCAUCCCCAGCCCCAAACACUGACCGCCCCAUCUCCCUUUCUAAUGAGAAGGACUUUGUGGUACGGCAGAGGCGGGGAAAAGAGAGUUUGCGUAGCAGCCCUCACAAAAAGGCCUUGUAACGGGGAGGGCCCCGGGGCAGGACUGUGGAGACCCGUCGUUAACGGGCGACUGUCUUGACUACCUUCAAAACCAGCACUGUGUGGGAAUGUCCGCCAGGCAGAGCUCGGAGCCUCAUUGAGACACGUGAGAGAGAAAGACAAAAGAGGGGACCUUCUUCCAGAUGCCUUCCCAGUUGUAACCGGUAAAACUGUCACCAGAUAGUGUUUGUACCAAAAAAAAAAAAAAAAAAAAAAUUACCUUUACAGUUGAGGGUUGUUGAGGAAAAUGAUUUUCUCUGUAAAUAUAUAGCAUCGUGUUUGGUUUGGGAUGUAGAGUCUAUACCUGGCUGCUGAUUGCGUCGUUUACUACAGUUUUUUUUAAAUAAGAUUUUUGCUUUACCAUUUAUCAUAAUGUAGUAAUGAAGCAAAAUGGUCAAAACGGUGUGUGUGAACAGAGAUACACCCAUAUUCGUGUAUAUACACAUCCACCUACAUGUUUUGGUCUGUGGUUUAAGAGACUAUUUCAAAGUUCCAUUUUUAUAAGCUAAAACAUUUUAAGUAAAGAUGGAAGAAAGCCCUAAACACAGUAGAUUGUGAGUUUUUAUGUGUAUUUUAAUCAGAGUUUCUGAUAGUACUGUAUCUGGCUACCUAUAUUUCCAGAUCUAAAGCAAGAACUACUCUAAGUACUGCAUUUGGAAUCCUCCUCCAUUAGGUAUGGCCAGGACAAGUGGAGCUAGCCAUUUUCAUUAUACAGCCAUCCCAAUGGACACUGGAUCCCUAGUCCAACUGUCUAAAAGGCUAGUUGUUCCUUUCUGUGGCUGUGGAUGUCUGGCCUUCACCUGAGGUAGAGUGGGGACUAUAAACACACAUCAACUUUCUUUGUUUGCUUUCUUUUCCUUCUUUUCAAACUCUUAAACUCAGGCCUUUAUGCUGUGGGUGACUAGUCCAAGAAGCACACAUUUUGUAGUAGUCCUGCACCAGCCCUGCUCUUGAAUAAAAAGGAAAACUACUGGCUGCACCCAAAUCUUCUAGUACUUGAGUAAUAAGCAUCAGGCAUUGGAAGAGGUUUUAAAUUUGCUUUUUUGAGGAAAAGAACUGGGGGUGGAUUUUGGCAUCGUAGCAUAUCGAUUAAGGAAUAAUCAGGACAUCAGAUACAUUUUAAUACAUAGCUGGGGCCUUAUGUUGUAGAUGAAGCUUGCUGUUUUUAGCAAGUUCCUGGGUUUCACAUUCAUUUCUGAUGCAUCUAGUAGCUCCACACAUUUCAUAACCUGAUCUCUUUAUUUGUAUGCAAAAAAUACUGUCUUAAUACAGAGCAGCAUUUUUGUAACAAAGAGACUCCCUGGAGCUAUUUGGUGCUUGAAUGUGACCAUCCUUUUUACUUUUGCUAAGCCUUAUUUAAAUUUUGUAUACCGUGGAAUAUGUAGAAUGUGUCAAAUCAUUUUAGUGCUGAAGGCUUUUGAUUUUUUGUUUUUGUUUUUGUUGUUGCAGUUUCUUUGGUGGCUUGUUUUGUAUUGUAAGAUGGCACUUGCUGAUAUAAGUACUAAGGCACUAAGAGAAAAUACAGAUAAGUAUUUAUAAGUUGCUUGGGAACCAUAGCAGAAUUUGGUUUUGUAAGAGAAAAAAAAUUACCAAUAAAUAACUAAUCUAGCACCCAAACUCUCUAGGGGAUGUCUUAGUAUCUUCAGGCUAUAAAAUUUUUCAUCUAAGCACAGCAUCAUCUUAUGGCCUUAUGGAUUGUAAAUCUUCUAGUGAGGCUGUAAACUCCACUCUGAAAACAAAGGCAUAACUUAACUGACUGCUCAGUUGUCCUUCGUUGUAAAAUGAAUUGGCAUUGGGAAAAAGGAAAAAAACAAAAAAAGAAAAAGAAAAAAGCCUCCUCCUUGCUCCUAAUUUUUUUUUUUCCAUAUGGUUUUAGCCAUUCCCCAUCACUAUAUUGUGAAGCUGUAAAAAAAUAUAUAUAUAUACUUUACAAGAGUUUAAAUGGAUUUCAAAACUGGUCUCAACAUUUAUAAUACAUAUCUGUGUUUGGCAGUUGUCAUAACCCAAUCCUACAUUCAGCCAUCGGGACAGGUCUAUCGGGGAGGUAGUUCAUGGUUUACAAGCCUUUGCUUUUUAACUGUCCAGUUUCCUUUAAAGCACAACUAGCUAUUUGUUUACAAAUGAUAUUUUUAUGUAUAUUUUGUAUAGUGUAUCAUCAUUUUUGCCAAAUACGUUUUUCAUUAUGAAUGAGUAAAGAGUACUUAAGGUUGCAUUCAUGUAUUACAUGUUUGUUGUUGUAAACCUCUCCAAUCAGCUGGUAGAAAUUCUCCUCAUUGUGUUCUGUUUGGUCAGUCUCUGUGUGAUUGUAGGAUGUGCUCCUUGGUAGUACUCCCAGCUGUAGAUUUACCAGCUUAAAAGUUUGUUAGGAUCUGUGCAAUAAAGUGUUUGCAGUCUUAUUUUCUCUAAGAAAUUCCUUAUGGACGUCAUAAUUGUUGUAUAUUGAACAAAAUAUUUAUACUUAUGCAGUUGCAUAACAUUGAAAUAAAAAUUUAGCAUGAAAAGAUAA